AAUAUGUCGAAUUAAGAGUGUAUCCCUCCCAGAAAAGUGUUUAGUUGUCAUCGUAAAAAAUGUAGAAGUAUUAAAUCAGCCAAGACUCCCUGCAAUCGAUUGCGCAAGUUUUACCAAUUUUGCCAAACAAAUAUUUACUGUAUAAGUAGUUAAAACUUAAAAGCUAGUAUAAUAUGCUUAUUUUUAUAUUUCUACUUAUUUUUAAGUUAGAGAAUAAACGUUAAAAAUUAAAAAUUUAUUCAUGCUAAAAGCAAACGAUAAAAAAAAUGUAUAAAAUAAAUUACUCCUUGUUGAAAAAAACAAAAAUGCCGCCAUCACCAGGCGCAGGUAUCCACACCUAGUGGACGAAUUAUGUACUCCUUAUUGGAAUCUCAUCCUAUCAGUAUCAGCGUGUCGAGCUGUCGGCGCCUCGGUGGUCUGCUUUUAUUUAUUCCCGACCGCAUUUUCUGCACAUGGGCUUUUUUGUCUUGAUGUGUCAAUUUCUCUCUAUGUUGCAAGUUGCAAUUUGUUUAAGGUUGGUCACGACUCUUGAGCUAGUCCACUUGAUCUUUCGUCGGUCGUCAAAGCCUUCGCUAAGGUCUAUUCUUGUAUUGACACUGGACAUUCCUGGGAUUGAAGCAGAACACGAGGUCUCAUCUACCCACCUAUAAAGAUCAUCUUUAAUGAUAUGAAUUUUACUUAGAAAGCUGCACCCAUUCUACAUGUAAAAUGAAAAUUUGGUUGUAAGGCUUUUAUUCAUGUAAUCAACUUCCGGCCACAAUAAUGAUUUAGCAGCAAGGACAUGGAAUGGCUGCAGAAGCCUGCUACUAAGUUUUCAGUGGUUUCAUAACCCUACGCUAACCUAGCUCAUGAAGGAAUGUUAGAUGUCAUAUUAGAUCAAGAGCCUGGAUGUUUUUUGGGAAAGUUCAAGAAGAUCCCAGUAAUAAAGGAUCUAAUUGACAUGGUCGCUGACUCGCUGAGCAAACGAUGGCUUAUUCUACAAUCCCAACUCUUCCUUUCUGUGCAGACGUCAAAAGCCAUUUGAAGCAUUUUGGCGUGGUCUAUUGUUGUUGUUGGUGAGUUGGUAUUGGCAGGAAGAUGAAAACUUGUACCGGAUUCGUGUAACCAAAGAGUUGGUCAACCAUGCUGAAGUUCAAUUAAUCGGCUAUGGAAAACAGUCUCUAAAUACCACGCUGCAAAAUUUUGGCACCCCUAGUUACAGCUAAUUUUACAAUUGUCCUGGGACGAAUGGAGGUCAUAGGAUUACUGCAUCAAACCAUUUAUGAUGGCCCUAUUUCCUUUUUCAAACCUUUCCUCUUCUCUCUGAAAUUAAGGGGGUGUUGUCAUUUUUCGCAGUGCGCUUUUUCUGAGAGACAAAUAACGUUUCUUUUUCUUCUUUUCGGCUUCUAACAUGUUUCUACUUUGCAGUUUGUGAUUCCAACGCAAUUUCAACCGUGAUCCGCCUGUUGUGUUCAUUUUUCUUGUGACGUCGUCGUGGUCCCUAGAAGGAGAAGAGCAUUUCUGCAACUACAAGAAUUCUAUCACGCCAAGGGAGGAAAACGCCAAGCUUCGAAACUCAUCUCUUCCAAACAUGACCGUCAUCCAUCAAAGUCUCUAUGAAUGAAUCCUUCCAACAACAUUCCUUAAGUUACUUCUUUGCCAACAUACAUCAUUUUCAAACGUCACCAUGCCUAGAUUGCCUCAACCCGAAUCUCUCGUUAAACUGUGUGUCAAGUGCGUAACAAAUGCAAGUAGGAGAUCUGCAAAUAAAAUUCCAGCAGUUAUGCGGAAUUGUAAUAUGACCGCUAUCAAUUCUAAAUUUUUCCCCAAUGCAUUUCAUCAAUUACCCGUUGCGCUCCUGGAGGAAAUCAUUUUUGCUUUUACAAUGAGGCGAAUGAGAGACAGAGGACGAAUGCCGAUCCCACAUCCAUAUUUCCUUCAUUAUCUCAUCACUCCACAAAUUCAACAUUUAAGUUUUUCUAUUUACUAUGGGGGUUACUUGGGUUUAUUCCCCAAGCUUGAAAAUUUGCUAACAUUGGACCUUGGAAAAACUGGAGUGAAAGAUGACUCUUUAAAAAGCAUUGGAAUUUACUGUUCCCAGUUAAGGUCGCUGAAUUUAAAAGGUUGCACUGACGUGACAGACGAUGGAAUUCGAUGGCUUUGUGGGGUGGAUUUUCCGGGAAUGGGAAAAUCAAGACUUUGCAAGACCAUCCAAAAAUUAAGUAUUCUUCACACAAGUGUUACUAAGAAAGGAAUUCAAGUUGCGCUGAAAAAUUUCCUGUUCUUGAAUAUCCUUGAAAAUUAUUAUAUUGUAGAUGCAUUGGCAGAGUUGGCCCAAUCAGCGAUAGAUUCUAAGCAACCCGGCUUUUAUAAUAAUACGUUCUCAAUUUCUACCUUGUACACAUCUCCUGAUACGCCGUUGAGGAGUAAUAGUCUGCCACUAGCCCUCCCUUUAUGCCAUUUAGUUAAUCAGGUUUCAAUUUGUGUAACCAAGGAACUGAAAGAUAGUGAUCUUUUGUGCUUAUUGUCGAUCAAAAUGCUUCGUAAACUUGAAAUCGGCGGUUCUUCAUUUUGUCUACCAGGCGAAACUGCUAUUACUUUUGAUGGUGGUGUGGCUCCACUUCUCAAGGCAUUUGGAAGAUCAUUGGAGACUCUUAUGUUGGGGGGUAUAAAAUUAGUUUGUCUUUCCAGCAUAAUCGAAUUCUGCCCAAAUCUAAUUGCAUUGUUUAUCAGCGGCGCUUCGGGCUCGUUUAAGGACGAAGACCUCUUCCAGGUGGAAAAGAAGCCGCCUAUUUUGAAAGAACUACAGGUGUUGACUUGUUAUUUUCAGGUUCCAGCCGAUAGUUUGCUUGUUUUGCUAUCUUCUCCUUCACUCAAAAAAAUUUCAAUUGGUCUUUGCGAUUCGCUCACUGAUGAGGUCUUACUGGAGGCCUUCAAAAGUCACCGAUUCAAGCACCUUCAAAAGCUGGAACUAUUUCAUUGCGAUUCAGUGACGCUGCGUUGUAUCAGAGCAUUAUUGUUAAACGGCUGCGAUUCUCUAGAAGUCAUGAGCCUCCAUCAGUGUAAAUGCCUUGGGAUAAACACUUUUGAAGAUUUGCACUCUCUUAUUUCUAAGAAAAAUUGGAAUUUGUAUAUCACCUGCCAACUUUUUUUUCAGAGAAUUUAGAGUUCUGCGUCGGUUCAUUUAUUCGAUUUAAUCUGUUAUUAGUAAAAUCGUUGCAUAUGCAAAUGCAGUUUAAAUAAUUGUGGAAUUCACAAAGGAAUGGGGGAAAAUUAAUAUCGAGGUAUUAGCGGAGGUAUUACAACCUAAACUACUUAGGCUUAUUUCCUUUAAAACUUGCAGAAGGUCAUUUUUUACUGUGUAAUUUCAAUAUGUAAUUUCAAAGAAACAUUAUCAAAUGAAUCUGCGUGGCGGAUUAUUCAAGGAAAAGCUACAUUAGUCUUUAAUCGUAAUUGUUUUUAAUAAUGUUUUGUAAUACUAUAUAUUUUGUAUUUGAAUUUAUUCAAAUCAAAAGGCUU